GUGGCUGACAGGCGCUCCUCCCCCCGACGGCGGCGCCUGGUGCCCAGGCGGGACCGGCGGCUACCAGCUCGCGAACCCGCGAGGCGCGAGGGCCGUACCGGGGGAUGGACGAAGCGAAGAUGGACGAGAAUGAAUGGGGAUACCAUGGCGAAGGCAACAAGAGCCUGGUGGUGGCCCACGCACAGCGUUGUGUGGUGCUGCGUUUUCUGAAGUUUCCUCCAAAUAGGAAGAAGACCUCAGAAGAAACAUUUCAGCACCUGCAGAACAUAGUGGACUUUGGCAAAAAUGUCAUGAAAGAGUUUUUGGGGGAGAACUACGUUCAUUGUGGGGAAGUUGUUCGACUGCCUUUAGAUUUUGUGAAACAGCUUUGUUUAAAGAUUCAGUCUGAACGACCAGAGUCGCGCUGUGACAAGGACCUGGACACCCUUAGUGGCUAUGCCCUGUGCCUUCCCAAUUUAGCCAGACUUCAGACCUACUGCUUUGCAGAGCACCGGCCGAUUCUCUGUGUGGAGAUCAAGCCAAAAUGUGGGUUUAUUCCUUUCUCCACUGACGUUACACAUGAGAUGAAGCACAAGGUGUGUCGUUACUGCAUGCACCAGCACCUUAAGGUGGCAAAUGGGAAGUGGAAGCAGAUCAGUAAAUACUGUCCCCUCGACCUCUACUCAGGAAAUAAACAGAGAAUGCACUUUGCCUUGAAAAGCUUAUUACAGGAGGCUCAGAACAACUUAAAGAUAUUUAAGAAUGGUGAGCUGAUUUAUGGCUGCAGAGACUCCCGAAGCCCCUCAGCUGACUGGAGUGAGCUGGCACACCACCUGAAGCCCUUCUUCUUCCCAUCCAAUGGUCUGGCAGGCGGGCCCCACUGCACAAGGGCUGUGAUCCGGGAGUUGGUCCGUGUUAUCACGCGGGUGCUGCUGAGUGGCUCUGACAAGGGCCGGCUGGGCGCCCUGAGGCUGGGACCUGGGCCUCGGGGCCCACUCGUCUGUGAAGCCAGCCCUUUUGGCAGGAGCCUGCACCGCCAAGGAAAACCCCCCCUGGAGCACUCGGGGUUACCGAAGGGCUGUCUUCUGUACAAAACCCUCCAGGUGCAGAUGUUGGACCUGCUGGACAUUGAAGGCCUCUACCCUCUGUACAGGCGGGUAGAGCGGUACCUGGAGGAGUUUCCUGAGGAAAGAAAAACGUUGCAAAUAGAUGGGCCUUACGAUGAAACAUUUUACCAGAAGCUGCUUGAUCUUUCCACUGAGGACGACGGGACAGUAGCCUUUGCACUCACGAAGGUUCAGCAGUACCGUGUUGCCAUGACUGCGAAGGACUGCUCCAUUAUGAUCGCCCUGUCCCCUUGUCUGCAGGAUGCAAGCCCUGAUCAGAGACCCAUCGUCCCUUCAUCGAGAUCCCGGUUGGCCUUUUCUGUGUCUGUGCUGGACCUUGACCUCAAGCCCUAUGAGAGCAUUCCUCACCAGUAUGUACUGGAUGGCAAGAUAGUCAACUACUAUUCAAAGACUGUACGUGCCAAAGAUGCUGCCAUGAUGUCGACAAGGUUUAAAGAAAGUGAAGAAUGCACAUUAGUGCUCCAUAAGGUCUAACUUUUUACCUGUAGUGUCUUUGAAACUUGAACACAGAAUGUGAAGGUUGAGUGAUAGAGCUAUUUUUCUGUUGUACUGGGUGGCUUUUGGCUGUGAAUGUUUUGCUAUUUAACCCCUGUUCAGGUGGGAUUGCCUCUGGAGACACGGAAUGGAAAAGCACUAAACACCAUCCAGGACAAGGAAUGUCAGUUGUGAGCCCAGGAAUGUUGAGCUGAGUCCCCAGAAGCCACUCAUUUUUAAAACUGGGGUUCCUGUCAAGCCCCAGGAAAAUGUUCUGGACAGUUCUUCUUUUCCAUCUAGGGCUCAAAUCUAAUUCUCUAAUGCGAAAAGCCUUACUCUAAGACCCAAGGUUUGGAUCUCCUACCAACAAACUCCUAACAUAGAAAACUUGAAUUAUCACAUACAUCUUACAGUUUGGACUUUUUGAGAAAACAUGGAUACUACUGGAACUUUCCCAGCUGAGUUACUUGGUCACUUUUUUAAUGCAAACCACACAUCAGUGCAGGUGUAGGUGGUUCCCUGCUGUGUGAUGGGUCAUUGAUGUGGACUCCGUUCUGAGCAGUGUGGAUUUGGAGCCCCCGUGGAGGCACUGUGCCCACUGCUCUGCAUGGGUCAGCAGGGAGGUGGCACUCAGGUUAAGGUGGACACCACUCGUGUGGGCGUUGACUUUCUGUUUUGCUGAAUGAUUUUAACUUUAGGGGAGACAAAUGCUCUUCCCCACCUGGAAUUGCUGCUGUGGAUCUUAGAAGCAGAGCUGCAGCCAUCCCCGGGGUGGCUGUGCUCCUAGCAGCUCUGUGUUCCUGGCAUUUGUGGGUGUUUGGGUGGCAAGGAAACCUCAGCCAGUUCUGUCAGAGCCAGCAUCGAGCUUCCUCCCCCAUCUGUUCUUCCCUCAGUUCCACUAAGAUGUGUGGUUUUUGCAGCCUCGUGUGGUGCUGGGCCACCUCCCUUCCAGGGCUGCUAAGGCCCUUCUUCCAUGAUGAGAGACUCCUGGCUGGCACCAAGAGGGUCUUUUUGGGGUCACCAAGUGUGCCCAGCUGCUAUGAAAACUGUUGGGAAUCUUGGCUUCAGUUUUUUAUUCUAUGGUAGGUUGUACAGAUUAUUUAUAUCAUCAUUUUGAGGGACUAAUGAAGGCUUAUUGUAACAUAAUAUUAUAUUAGUGAAACCAUGGAAUUGUAUGAAAAUGCCACAUGAAAAAUAAGGAGACUAUUUUGCUGAUUGUAAACUUUUGUGGGAAAUUUUGUGAUAAAUUGAGAAUUACACUUGUUUGAAUCAAGCCAGAUCUUCUAGAAUUUAUUCUUCUAUUGUCUUUACACUUCUUUCUCCCAUACUCAGAGGUGCAGAAAGAUACUCGACUGACCACCUCUCUCAUUCAUGUGUGUAUUGAGGCCUAAGGUCUUUGGGGACUGUAGGGAUGUGCGGGAGCGCUGUUCUCAUGUGCAGGUGGCAGGCUCCAGAGCGCACAUCAGGAGUGGCUCUCAGCCUUGUUUGGAUCCUGCUUUCCUGUGCCAGGAGGUGCCCCAGCUAGCUCGCACUUCACCAUGGCCUUGCCUGUUGGUGAUGUUCAUGCUAUUGAAACUAUGUUUUCACCGACUAGAACACAUUUUAAUGGUUGUCUGAAAUCAGUGGCACUCUUAAACUCUGGACACUUUUAAUGAAGACCCUAAUUCUUCUAUGUGGGGAUUUGGACCAUUGGUGGUAGACAGGGGUGUGGAGGCCCCCUGUGAUGGAACAGUAACAUCUUUGCUAUCUUGUGGCACUUUUUAAAGUUAAUUGCUCCGUUUUUUUUUUUUUUUGGUGGAGGACCAAGAAGAGUAAAUGCCUCCAAGGGGUGUUUUCCAGACUUGGGGGUGAGGAAGGCUGAGUCCCCGCUGGGGUGUCUGAAGAGUGUCUAAGAAAUGAGACUUUUGGCAAAUUGCUUCCAGUUACCCCCAGGUGAUAGGGGAAUGCCUGGCCCUCACCCCCAGUUUUGAUGUGAAGUGAGAGGGAGAAGUUGGGCAGACACCUUUCCUGUACCCUUUCUCAAAUGUUACUCUAUACGUGUCACUUGUUAGGUAUUUUGUAUUUAAACGGCUGUAUUUAUUUUUCAUGUCAUGACAGGUAUAUAUAAUGUGCCAUAACUGCAUAGUCAACAUGAUUUAAAGGGAUGAUUUCUAAAUAGAAAAUAGCACAUGUUUAUACUCAAUAAAAUCACACGCUUCAGGUGCACUCACUGGUUCCUAGUUGUUUUCCUCUGUGCAGAGCGAUGCUAUCAGGCUCUCUAGAGUGGCUUCAAUGCCCAGCGCGCCCAGCAAGGCUCGGAAGCUGAGUGGAGCAGCUUCUAUGACUCUGUUCUUGUCCAGCUGAAGGGCUGUAAAGACGACAAACUGGGUAAGAGAUGUCAUGGGAUCCCUUGUGUUAGUGCUUACUCUCAGCCACAGUGAGGAUGGUGGGGCUGUGGUCAUGACUUAGUGGAGCUUUUAGCUGCAGACUAGAAAAAGAGACAGAACCUUUCCCUCCCUCAAGAUUCAGCCAGGAGGCAGUUCUUAGCCCUAGACUGUCCACCUGUGUCAUUGCCUGUGGCUUUUUUUCCCUUUUUCCUUUUCCUAAUAAACCUGUUCUUUUAAAAUGAAAAAAAAAAAAAAACAGAUUCAGCCAGGAGGAUCCUGGGGAAGUGUAAUACCCCUCAAAUGUGGUUUCUGAGUGAUCAAUAAAAAUGUUUUUUUUUUUUAAUGAUGGGAAAAAGUACAUUGGUGAGAUUUAAACUUCUGACUAUUGCCAUGUAACACCAGAUGAAAUAAGUAGAUGUCUACUGGGCCCACUAGAAGUCCCCAAAACAUCUACUGGGGUCCUACCUCGCCAAGGCACUUGGGUGAGAAGAUCCAGCUUUGGCAAAACCUUUCCUUCUUCAUCUAUUUGUAUCCUCCAGACGAUUACUAAUUCAAACCUGAAAGAUGUAAAAUACACUGAUAAGUGCCUUUCGGCAUCUGUAAAGGCAAAACAUACAAAGAAAUCUGGUUAAAAGUAAACUGCAGCACCUCAUCUGUCUUCAGGAACAGAGCUGCUGGCCUCCUGCCUCCUUGAGGCCGUGCCCCGCUGACUCUGCUCCUAAGGACAUUGACCCCGAAGGAAGUACAGACAGUUACUCAGCUGGGCUGCUCGGCAUCAGUAGUAAACAGGAAGAUGGAAAUGACCAGAACAUGACCCUGCUUUGUGCUCCUCACAUGUUAGCAUGUCAGAAUGUGGAGAGACAGGAACUUCAUACUGGUGGGAAGUAUACAUUGAUAAUGAUAAAUUAACUCUGAAAAUAAUUUGGCAGUGAGAGAAAACUGAGUCCAUCCCAUGACGCAGGAAUUCACUUCUAGGUAUGUGGCAGGGGCAUGUGCAGAAUGUCAGAAAUAGUGGAAAAGAACCCAAGUGCUCAAGGCAAGUGGAAGUAUACAUAUUUACCUAAUGAGCAUAUAAACAGGUGAAAAUGAGUUCUCUAUGCCCCCAGAGGUGAAUUUUGGAAAUAAUAUUAAAUAACAAGGCAAGUCCCAGAAGCCUUCAUAACCACAUCCCAUUUUCAGGUUAGAAAACAAAGCCUUCAAAACCCAGAGCUUGCAAGUACAUUGCGUCCAAGUGGGUCACGUGCACGAGAAACCCAGGUGGUCCUCCCCUCACUCAGCACUUGCUGCCUCCUGACCUGCCCCUGCAGUGAGACCAUCUAUGCAGUCACUGUCCCCACAUUCCCUUCUCGUGAACUCCCAUUCCUGUGCAUUUGUUUUGACUGCAUAGACAGAUCUCAGGACAGCAGUUAGGUGUUUUAUAUUUGUUUUCUUAUUAUUUGUAAUCCCAGUUUUUACCAGGAAAUGAACAUCUGGGUGCUUGUGGAGGUGGAUUUGUGGGGUGCUUGCACUCACCCUGGCUGGCUGGUGCUCCGGACCUCCAUGUAUCUAGAGGAUGCCCCCUCUGGAAGAUGUACAACUUCUGGGUACUUUUCCUGUGGGGAGAGGAAAUGAUAGAGAAUUUGUGGAGUCACAGUGCACAGGGACACUUUCCCAGUGGUCUGAAAAGCAGGAGAUUGUCUUGAGGUGUCUUUUACAUUCCCUGGAUGUCCUUGUUUCACACAUGCCAUUCACUUGUCCAGUACACAGCACUGAGGUGCCCUGGCUUUCCCUCCUUUGCUUACAGUGCGGCCUUUUAUUCUUUUCAGGGUCACAUGGCCUCCUGGCUCCCACACUGUCAACUUCCCCAGAGUGAACGUGUUGCAGGACAACCACCAGUUUGUCCACAAGGCCCACCUUCUUUGUGGGCUUGCAUCUGAGCCAGGCCGCCUAAUUGAGGAGGCCAGGACAGGCAUGAUGUAGAGGGCACCCUCAGAACCAGGCUGAUUUUCACCUGAUUCACCUGGUGAUGCGGGCCCUGACUGCUGAGUUGAGUUGUCAUCUGCCAGGUUUCUCACUGUAAAGUGACUUUCUCUCGUGCUUUAGUAUUUAGCCAUAAAAAUUAAGUUUUUCGGGCC